AUGACAGAGGAAGGACAAAAGAAGAAGAGAGAUGAAGAUUAUCAAACUAUUUUGAAAAAGGUAGAAGUAAAUGAAGAGAAAGAAAGAGAGGAUAAGAGAGAGCAAAAGAAAUUACAAAGAGAUAGUAUUAUCAUUAAAAAAGAUACAGCAACAACAACAAAAACAACCGAAGUUAAAGAAUUAGAUAAAUCAAGUUUAAAAGAUAAUAGUAAUAGUAAUAAUAGUUUAAAGAAUAAAAAACAAGAUGAAAAAGUCGAAAUACAACAACAAGAAGAAGAAGAGGAAGAAGAUGAAGAAGAAGCACAAUUAAGAGCAAUGGGAUUACCAACAAGUUUUGGAUCAUCAAAAAAGAAUAAAUAG